AUGGCGCCGGUGCCCCUGGACCCAGAAAUCAAGUUCUACGGCAACAACGGGGUCUUCCCUUACGGCGAGAAUGCCACUCAGGUUUACGUCGGUCGCUGGUUGAGCGAUACUCCAGUCCAUUUGGACGCCCUGGAGAUCAUCGCGGAGAAGGCUCGCCGGUUCUGGUGGGGACAGCAGAUCGAACUCGCGACAAUCUCCUGGAGCCUUCUGCUGGCGGUCGAAGGCCGAAGGAGGAGCAUCCCAUCUCUGUGGGCGUAUCUCGCUUUAGCUCAUUUGGUUAACUUGUCGUUCGCGCAAAACCUCUUUUACCUGGCGUUGAUUCUUACGCCAACUCCGGCUCAGUCUGAGGAUGGGCAACAGCCAAGUACGGCAUUUGGACGCCUUCGCGACAAGGUCUUUCCUCCUAAGCCUGCAGACUGGUUCCCUCACCCGGCGCUACUCCUCGCGUCCUUUUGCCUGAACUACGUGCUGAUAUACUGGGCACCAUCAACAACCGGAACAAUGACGUUCAGAAACAUCGCAGUGUUGGGAAGAAUUCUGACGUUUGCGCCCGUCAUAAUUCCAGCCGUUGUUCCGGCCAGUUGGGGAACGGUGUACUCUAAUCACCAUGGGGCAUACAGGAUCGUCACUGAGCUAUUCCGAUUUCUGUCCACGGCGAGUUUCGCAUUUCACGUCAAAGGGACUGCCCUUGGCCUGCUGUACAACGCACCGGACGCUCACUAUCAUCGUCAUAGUCGGUUCCUUCCCUUCGACAGAGAAGAGCGCUCGACGUGGGAGCGAACAACAACGGCUCUCGGCAAGGUCCUGGGAUCGGCAUCCGACCACCCCGUGGUAGCAGGCGUGGCAUGGGACGUUUUGCUCAGCGGUGCCAGCCAAGGUUUAUGGGUUGCCACACGUGCGCUGGAUGUGGACGACAUUCUGGCCUCCUCGACACCAUUCGCGCAGAAGAAUGCCCCGAAGGCGCAGCCACUGACCAGACUGCUGGAAGGUAACGACAAAUCAACGCCGGAAUCGGAAACGGGCAGCCACACCAGCGCGAUCUCCACGCGACGCAGGGGCCGCCCAGCGAAAGCGAAAACCGGCGAGAUGACAAUUUCAAAGACGGCUGCGGCCGAAGGGAAUCGCCGAACCCGAGAUCGCAGAGCCACGGAAGAAGUUGACGAGGUACCAGAGGAUGCAUACGAGCCGAGCGCUGCAGAGAGCCGCUCCGCGGUCGAAGGAGAUGAGAUGCCUGAUGGUGACUUGGAUUGGGAGUCUGCAGCUCUGGCAUGGGGCCUGACAGCUCUCGGCGGCUUGGGAUCCAGCAGCGCUGGGGUGUUCGGUGCCGAGUGCACAUCGAGAUGA